AUGUCAUCUCCCCAAAGCUCCAUCUCCCUACCCCCCCGCCACGACACCUUUCUCAAAAUUUUCACUAAACACCAACUCCACCCAAACCCCAAACCAGCGUAUCUAAAACCCGGCUCCAUCUCGGUAGCGCACCAAACUGGCGUGAUAACCGGCGGAAACGCUGGGAUUGGGCUGGAAUCCGGCCGACUCCUGCUCUCUCUCGGCCUGUCUCAGCUAAUCCUCGCCGCCCGAUCGCCAUCAAAGGGCCAAGAAGCAGCGGCAGCACUGCAAAAGCAAUACCCAAAGGCCAAGAUUGAUGUAUGGCAGCUUGACCUCAAUUCUUAUGAUUCAAUCCGAGAAUUUGCGCGCAAAUGCGCCGCGCUGCCGCGUCUAGAUAUCGCUAUACUGAGCGCGGGCAUUAUGAAUGUGGGAUACAAAACUAGUCCGGUUACGGGACGUGAGGAGAUGCUGCAGGUUAAUUACUUGUCCACAGCACUACUGGCCAUACUCCUCCUUCCGACAUUGAAGAGGGAAAAGCCAUCUGGCGCCAAUACACCAGGGCGACUGACACUAGUUGCUUCUGGUGCAGCUCUAAUAGCUGAAUUCUCCGAAGGCAACGGAACGCCCUUACACCCUCCCUUUGACAAACAAGGUGAGAGAUGGAACAUGUCAGCAGCAAAGAAGCGAUACGACCUUUCCAAAUCAAUGGUGUUGAUGCUUGGGUAUACACUAAGCAAGAUGAUAAAGCCCGACGAGACAGUGAUUAAUAUCGUUGAUCCGUCGUUCACUCCAGGCACGAGUUUCUUUCACAAUCUUCCUUUGCUGAUCAAAAUAUUUGCAUACCCGCUUGCAAUGCUGCUGGGAACGUCGACGAACUCGGCUGGGUGGAGAUAUGUAGAUGCGGCGGUGGCUAGGGGGAAGGAAAGCCAUGGGAGCUUUUUGAGUGAUUGGGAAAUUAAUCCGUAUGGCAAGCAAUUCAUGGAUCGCCUAUGGAAUGAGACGGUGAACGAGUUGGAUUUCCCUGAGGUUCGUGAGGCGAUGGAAUCAAUUAGGGAGAAGUGA